UCCAUCGCUUUUUGUCUCUCUUCUUCUCUAGCCAUGGCUUCCGAUUCCUCUCCCGCCAAUUUCAAUAACGGUCCUUCCUCUCCGGGUGAUUCCUUCUCCACCCCCAUCGCAAACUCCUCCUCCCCUGCCCACCGUCGCAGGCGUGGCCGUCGCCAAGCCUCCAUUCCUUCCUCUGCCGCGGCAACUCCAUCUCCAAAUCCCUCUCGCUUCGCGAAUUCGUCAUCUACCCCAACCCCAUCCCGUUCCACCAGGCGUGGUCGCCGCCCUGCCACAUCCCCGACCCCCGCAGCCGCCGCUACCCCAUCUUCCACCGACGAUUUCCCACCACCAUCAUCCGAUGGUGGCGAUGACAUGGAGGAGGCAACCCCUACCUUCGUUUGGGGUACCAAUAUUAGCGUCCAAGACGUCAAAAAUGCCAUCCAAAUGUUCAUCAAGCAUUUCAGAGAAACCCACGAAUUACGCAAUGAUGUCUAUGGAGAAGGAAAGUAUAUGAGAUUGAUACACCGAGUGCUUGAAAUAGAGGGAGAGUGGAUUGACGUCGAUGCUCAUGAUGUUUUUAAUUAUGACUCUGAUUUGUAUAAUAAAAUGGUGAGGUAUCCCCUCGAGGUUUUAGCCAUUUUCGAUAUCGUUUUGAUGGACAUCGUUAGUUUGAUUAACCCUUUGUUUGAUAAACACGUUCAAGUUCGGAUUCAUAAUCUGAAGAGCUCUACUUCCAUGAGAAAUCUCAACCCAUCUGAUAUUGAGAAGAUGGUGUCGUUGAAGGGGAUGGUUAUUCGAUGUAGUUCGAUAAUUCCUGAGAUUAGGGAAGCAGUGUUCAGAUGUAUUGUUUGUGGGUACCAUUCUGAUCCUGUUGUUGUGGAUAGAGGACGAAUAACUGAGCCUACCACAUGCUCGAACCAAGAGUGCCUUGCCAAGAACUCCAUGACUUUGGUUCACAAUCGGUGCAGGUUUGCUGAUAAGCAGAUUGUGAGGCUUCAGGAGACACCAGAUGAGAUCCCUGAAGGAGGGACACCUCACACAGUGAGCUUAUUGAUGCAUGAUAAGCUGGUGGAUGCUGGAAAACCUGGCGACAGGGUUGAGAUCACUGGGAUUUACAGGGCUAUGAGUGUCAGAGUUGGGCCAACACAAAGAACUGUGAAAUCAUUGUUCAAGACAUACAUUGAUUGUCUUCAUAUAGAGAAAACUGAUAAGUCAAGAAUGAUGUCUGAGGAUCCUAUGGAAGUUGAUAAGGGCUCACAAAGGGUUGAGGAUGAUGUCCAGUUUGAUGAAGACAAGGUGGAAGAGUUAAAAGAGUUAUCCAAACAACCAGAUAUAUAUGAAAGAUUGACAAGGUCAUUGGCACCAAACAUCUGGGAGCUGGAUGAUAUAAAGAAAGGUCUUCUUUGCCAGCUUUUUGGCGGGAAUGCUUUGAAGUUGCCAUCUGGUGCCAGCUUCCGCGGUGACAUCAAUAUCCUUCUAGUUGGUGAUCCUGGAACCAGCAAGUCCCAGCUACUCCAGUACAUACACAAGCUUGCUCCGCGUGGCAUUUACACCAGUGGAAGGGGUAGCUCUGCUGUUGGCUUGACUGCUUAUGUCACCAAGGAUCCUGAAACAGGGGAAACUGUUUUGGAAAGUGGAGCCCUUGUUCUGAGUGACAGAGGCAUCUGCUGUAUUGAUGAAUUUGACAAAAUGUCUGAUAACGCACGGAGCAUGCUGCAUGAGGUAAUGGAACAACAAACUGUUUCAAUAGCGAAGGCUGGUAUAAUUGCAUCUCUUAAUGCAAGGACUUCAGUCUUGGCUUGUGCAAAUCCUAGUGGUUCACGCUAUAAUCCACGAUUGUCUGUGAUUGACAACAUACACCUGCCUCCAACCUUGUUGUCCAGAUUUGAUUUAAUCUACUUGGUUCUCGACAAGGCUGAUGAACAGACAGAUAGGCGCCUAGCUAAGCAUAUUGUUUCUUUACAUUUUGAGGACACACAGAUUGCUGAGCAGGAUGUCUUAGAUCUUGCUACCUUAACAGCAUAUGUGAGCUAUGCCCGCAAGAAUAUUCACCCACAAUUGUCUGAUGAAGCUGCUGAAGAGUUAACCCGAGGAUAUGUUGAGAUGAGGAAAAGAGGUAAUUUUCCUGGCAGUAGUAAAAAGGUUAUCACUGCAACACCAAGGCAAAUUGAGAGUCUGAUACGCCUUAGUGAAGCCUUAGCUCGUAUUCGCUUCUCUGAAUGGGUUGAAAUGAGAGAUGUAACUGAGGCAUUCCGGCUUUUGGAAGUUGCUAUGCAGCAAUCAGCAACUGACCACUCCACUGGAACUAUUGAUAUGGAUCUUAUCACCACUGGAGUUUCUGCGAGUGAAAGGAUGAGGAGGGAGAAUGUGUUAGCGGCAACUCGCAACAUAAUAAUGGAGAAGAUACAGCUUGGGGGACCAUCAGUACGAUUGUUAGAGUUACUGGAUGAACUGAAGAAACAGAGCUCUGGCAGUGAAAUUCACCUUCAUGAUCUAAGAAAUGCAGUUGCAACUCUAGCCAGUGAGGGAUUUGUUGUUCUUCAAGGUGACAGCGUGAAGAGAAUAUGAAGAUGAGGAGCUAGGAUUGGAGGAAAACUGGAAAUUAUUGAUUGAAAUAGCCAGCUAGCGUGUUUGUUGAGACUGCUGCCUUGCGAGGUAGUUACCCCAGCAAAGCAUUUAGUCGGGGUAUCUUUCCGCCUGUGGUUUUUUUACAUUGAUGCUCGUAGAAGGUUUUGAAAGAAGAUAAAUUGGGUGUUAGGUAUGUCAUUAAGCAGUAGACCGUGACAUGUAUCAUAUUCUUAACUAAUGCUAGUAACUCAGAGCUUAUGCUUUCAUGUCUUUUUUUCCUAUGAUGGCGUUAAUGUCGUAUUCUUUGAAUUAAACGAUAAAUUUUA